AUGGUACCAGAAGAUACCUCAUCGGAUUUCUACCUAUUUGACAGACUGUUUAACAGGACCUUCUCAGAGUACUGGAGUUUAUUCUGGCAGGAUUAUGACUUCAACAAGUUCAAUUCUAUCAGAAAAGAACUAAACGAGUGUCUAGAUUUCUUACAAACCCACUCACUUCCACAAUACUUUCAACAGCAUUCUGUUAGUAUUCUAGUUAACAAAGUUGUAGAAUCUCCAAAAGACCAUGAUACUAGUGAUGAGCCUGAAUUUCAGAGAAAUAUAGAAAAGGAAAGAUUGAAAAAACUUCGAGUUGCUGAUGAAUUACAACAGUCGUUUGAACUUCUGAACAUAGGCUGUAUUCACUUUGACCUAAUUUCUAAAAAUGAACAGUUUGAAGAUGUGCAUACUGAAAACCUAAAAUAUCUUAUGCUUCCAUAUUUAAGUGCUCAUGUAUUAUUCGAGAGGCCUAAUAUGGAAAAUAGAUUCUCUAUAUUAAAAAAAGUCCAGAUUUAUUUAUUUGAGUUUAUGAACACGUUAUCACAAAUGGAUAUUUUAAGGCCCGAGGAGCUCCAGUUAUGGGAAACUAAAUUUGGCAAAUCCUCAGAACGCUCUGGAAUGGGAGUUGGCGGGAGAAGUAAUGAAGACGGUAGAAGUAUGAGGAUAAAUCAAGCAUCAUUUGAACGUGACUUGAAGAAGUCAUUAACUGAAAUAUUUUUGUCAUCGGGGUCAAUUGAGAAUUUUAUAAGAUUCAGGUCACUGGAGGACUCUGAUAGGGAAGAGUUUUAUCGCAACACCUUGCUUAGUAUCUUGAGGUUAUUUUCAAUACAAUCUCUUAACCACCUGAACUCUAUUGAAAUGGAACUUCCCUUUGUUGAAAGGAGAGAAUUGAACAAACUCGCCUUUUCAAAUGAACCUAAAAAUGAUGUUACCACUUCCUCUUCUAAGCCAUGGUUUUUACAUAUUGACACUAAUUCACAGCUGGACCCUACUCUAGUUCGAUCAUUAUACAAAAGAAUGGUUUUCCUUCCAGGCCACAACUUACCCACAAUUUCUCUGGAUGAGUGCGCUCGUAUUGAGAUGGAGAUGGACGUCAAAACUAUCGGUGUAAAGAAUCGUCCUAAAAAGAGGAAGAGCUCUUCUUUUGACAACUCUGAAGAGGAGUCUGAGAAAUCCAGCGUCUGCACUGACGAGGAAAGGAACUGGGAUGACUGGAAAGACGAUCAUCCAAAGGGUCAGGGGAACAAGGACGUAAACAUUGGAUAA